UGAGACCAGUUAGACCAGUUAGACCAGUGAGACCAGUUAAACCAGUGAGACCAGUGCCGGACACCAGUUAGACCAGUGAGACCAGUUAAACCAGUUAAACCAGUGAGACCAGUGACCAGCAGUGACCACCAGUGACCAGUGACCACCAAUGACCAGCGGUGACCAGUGCUCCCAGUGACCACCAGUGACCACCAGUGACCACCAGUGACCAGCGCUCCCAGUGCUCCCAGUGCCUCCAGUGACCAGUGACCACCAGUGACCAGCAGUGACCACCAGUGACCAGUGCCACCAGCGCUCCCAGUGACCACCAGUGACCAGCAGUGACCAGUGACCACCGGUGACCAGCACCACCAGUGACCACCAGUUCUCCCAGUGCUCCCAGCGCUCCCAGUGCCACCAGUGACCAGUGACCACCAGUGACCAGUGACCACCAGUGACCAGCGCCAUCAGUGACCACCAGUUCUCCCAGUGCUCCCAGUGCUCCCAGCGCUCCCAGUGCCACCAGUGACCACCAGUGACGACCGGUGACCAGCAGCACCACCAGUGACCACCACUGACCAGUGCCCCCAGUGCCACCAUGACCACCAGUGCCACCAGUGACCACCGGUGACCAGUGACCACCAGUGACCACCGGUGACCAGCGCCAGCACUGACCAGUGCCACCAGUGCUCCCAGUGGCCACCGCUGACCAGUGCUCCCAGUGCUCCCAGUGCCACCAGUGCUCUCAGUGCCAGCAGUGACCACCAGUGACCACCGGUGACCACCACUGACCACCACUGACCAGUGCUCCCAGCGCUCCCAGUGCAACCAGUGCUCUCAGUGCCACCAGUGACCACCAGUGACCACCAGUGACCAGUGACCACUCAGUGACCAGCGCCAUCAGUGACCACCAGUUCUCCCAGUGCUCCCAGCGCUCCCAGUGACCACCGCUGACCACCAGUGACCACCACUGACCAGUGACCACCAGCGCUCCCAGUGACCACCGCUGACCACCGCUGACCACCACUGACCAGUGACCACCAGCGCUCCCAGUGCCACCAGUGACCACCAGUGACCACCAGUUCUCCCAGUUCUCCCAGUGCUCCCAGCGCUCCCAGUGACCACCAGUGACCACCAGUUCUCCCAGUUCUCCCAGUUCUCCCGGUGCCCCGGCUCUCGCGGCGGCCAUGGCGCCGGGCGCGUGGCGCUGGGGCCCGCUGGCCGCGCUGGCCGCGGUGGCCCUGGGGCUCACGGGCUGGGGGCUCCUGGUGGCCGCGGUGGCCGCGGGCGUGUGGGGGAUGGGCGGGGGCCAGAGCAGCGCGGUCACCGCGGUCAUCGUCACCCGCGGGCUCUGGGCCGACUGCGCCACCGACGCCAGCGGGGUGACGUCCUGCGUGCCACUGGUGUCACUGGUCACCCUGCCCGGGUACCUGCAGGGCAGCCGCGCCCUGGCCGUGCUGGGGGCGGCCCUGGGGGCUCUGGGGGUGACCCUGGGGGGCUGCGCCGGACCCCGGAGGGGACCCCGGGCCGCGGGGGGGGCGCUGCUGCUGCUGGCAGGCCUGGCCUCGGUGGGCGCCGCGCUCUGGUUCGGGGUCGGCUCCUCCCAGGAAUUCUUCGACCCCUCCACGCUGGGGGUCAGGUUCGAGCCGGGCCCCGCGGUGCUGCAGGCGGGGGGGGGAGGGGCGCUGCAGGCCGUGGGGGGAGGGGCGCUGCUCUGGAUGGCUCGAGCCGGCCCCGCCCGGCCCCGCCCGGCCGCGACCCCUCCCCCCACGCUGGGGGAGAAGUACGGGAGGAACGAGUACGUGUGAGGGGGGCGGGGCCCGAAAUGGCCCCAAAAUAUCCUGAAAUGGCCCCAAAAUGAACCCCGAAAUAUCCUGAAAUUAACCCCAAAAUGAGCCCCAAAAUGGCCCCAAAAUGUCCUGAAAUGGCCCCAAAAUUAACCCCGAAAUAUCCUGAAAUGGCCCCAAAAUGAGCCCCGAAAUAUCCUGAAAUUAACCCCAAAAUGAGCCCCGAAAUAUCCUGAAAUAGCCCCAAAAUGAACCCCGAAAUUUCCUGAAAUUAACCGCAAAAUGAACCCCGAAAUGGCCCCGAAAUGGCCCCAAAAUAUCCUGAAAUAGCCCCAAAAUGAGCCCCGAAAUAUCCUGAAAUAGCCCCAUAAUGAACCCCGAAAUAGCCCGAAAUGACCCCAAAAUGAAUCCCGAAAUAGCCUGAAAUGAGCCCCGAAAUGUCCUGAAAUAGCCCCAAAAUGAGCCCCGAAAUGGCCCCGAAAUGGCCCCAAAAUGAACCCCGAAAUAUCCUGAAAUGAACCCCAAAAUGAGCCCCGAAAUAUCCUGAAAUGAACCCCAAAAUGAGCCCCGAAAUGAGCCCCGAAAUGUCCUGAAAUGGCCCCAAAAUGAGCCCCGAAAUAUCCUGAAAUAGCCCCAAAAUGAACCCCGAAAUAUCCUGAAAUUAACCCCAAAAUGAGCCCCGAAAUGAGCCCCGAAAUGGCCCCAAAAUAUCCUGAAAUAGCCCCAAAAUGAGCCCCGAAAUGAGCCCCGAAAUGUCCCAAAUUUAUCCCAAAAAAUUCCCCCCCCCCAAAAAAAAAAAAGCCUCAGAAUUUCCCCAAAAAUUCCCCCAAAAAAUCCCCAAAACCCCCCCCAAAUUCCCCAAAAAAUAAAAAAAAAAAAUCCAAAAUAAUCCCACAAAUCCCCAAAAUUCCCAAAAAAUAAAAAAAAAAUCCCCAAAAUCCUCAAAAAUUCCCAAAAAUUCCCCAAAAUUCCCAA